AUGGACUCAGACAUCGCUGCCACUACCCCCGAAGUCGCCGCAGCGAUCAACUUCCUCGAGCAAUACAGAGACCUCACCGUGCAAGAAUUCCUAGACAAGUUCUUCGACGAAGUGUGUUGUCAAACACAAGAAAAGAGCCGAGAAUUGAUGAGGAAGUUUGGCAGUGUCAGUGAAGAGUCAAAGGAGAACUCACCCAACCCGCCAAACGAACGUAGCUAG